AUGGUUCAGUGUAUCAAUUUGCGUACCAUUUCUUCACUGAUAUCAGUGUUAACCUUACUGGCCACAAUCAUUUGUUUACCAGUGUUCGAAGCUAAUGAGAUCGAUAUUCCAAUCGAGUGUUUGAAUGAAACGAAAUCGUCGACAGAUUACAAUAUUUUCGAUUUCUUCCUAACGUACGACGAAGCCUCACAAUGGUUGACGGCACUGGCGACCGAAAAUCCCGAAAAAUGUCAACUACAGAGCCUAGGAGUAUCAGUGGAGGGGCGAGAAAUUAACGCCAUCUCCAUCUUCCAAGAUAAACCGAAAAAGAUAGUACUGAUCGGUAACAUGUAUGCCCGACACUGGGUCGGUAUGACCUCCGCCUUGUACAUAAUCCAUGAACUGAUUCGUAACGCGGCCAGCUACGCGAGCUCGACUGACUUUCAUUGGAUAAUAGUACCGAUGCCGAAUCCCGAUGGGUACCAGUACAGCAAGGAGCACAAUCGCAAAUGGUUGAAGAAUCGUGCGCCCCAACCGGAUGGAAACAUUGGCGUUAGUAUAGACAAUAAUUUUGACAUUCAGUGGGGUAGUAUGACUGCUCAUUACAACCUAAAAACCACAGGGCAAGUUUACCGUGGACCGUCACCGUUUUCCGAACCAGAAACAAGAGCGAUUAAAGAUCUGUUGGAGAGCAAUACAGACGCUCUAUUGGUGCUCAACUUGCAAUCGAACGGACGGCUCAUCUGCACAUCGUGGUCAUAUACGGAAGAUCCGGUACCGGACAUAGAUCUGGUGCGUGCGGUUGCGUAUGCCGGACAGAAAGCAAUCCUUGAACAGUCGCAACAAGAGUUUGACGUGUCAAUUGUAUCCGACUACGGUCCAUUUGAAUACGGUUCCUGUCUGGAUUACUGUACCAGCAUCGGAAUCAAGGUGUGUCUAAUCUUGAAGCAACUCGAUAACACGCACGAGAUGAUGACCGAUCAAAUCAUACCGCUGGGCCAGGAAGCGUUCGCGUCCAUUCUGGCGAUGGCUAUUGAAUCCGAUUGGCAACAAUGGAAUUAA